AUGGAGACUCUGCAAGAUGUGUUUCAAGGUGCUGCAUCCGUCGAUGUCAAUCAAGUCGAAUACUCAGUCUAUCUGCCAUGCAAGCAAGAUCCCAAGGCCAUGAUGGAGUUUGUGCAGGAGACGCUCGCCAUGAUCCGAUCGAUCGUGCAACCUUUCACCGACAAGUACUUGUGGCAAAAGGAUCAGUUCCAUUUGGCAAUCGUACAAGAGAAUGAUCCUAGCUAUCCGUUUCUGCAUGGCACCACGAGGUUUGGCGACUGUAUCCAGGACGAGUGGUUCAUUGUAUUCCUGCUACGACACAUCACAUUGCAUAUUGAAGGAGCAGUGGCGACUGUCUAUGACAAUGAUGGCGAUGUGUUAUUGAUUGAAGCAGCUAUGGCACUACCAACAUGGCUUGAUCCUAGCAACAGUGAGCAUCGUGUGGGAAUAUAUCAAGGCAAAGCACACAUCAUCCCUUUACCACGCACUCCAGCUGAAUUGAUGCAAAUACCUGCCAAAUUGACCAUUGAGCGUGCCAUUGACAUUAUUCGACAACCCAUGAUAUCCACCGUGGCAGAGGAUGGUGUUCAACAAGCUAUUGAGGAUCGAUUGAUUGAUAAGCCAGAGUUACAUCGUGCUCGUUGCACUUUACCAUCACGCGCUGCCUAUGUUUUACUACGACAUCCACAAUUGUUACCAUUGGCAGUGGAGGCAUUUUAUCUACGUGAUCCAGCAGGUCUUAAGGCAUGUGCAGCAAUGUCGACAUUCCCACCAAUAUCAUCCACCAAAGUUCUAUUGCCAUUCACAAGAACCACCUAUGCUCAGACCGUGAGCCAAAAGUUUUAUGCACCAAAAGCAUUUCGCCUACCGCCUGUAUCACAAAAGAAAGAGUAUCAUGCUGCCGAACUUGGUAUGAAGGUUGCAUGUGGCCUUGAGAUGUUAUAUCAUGAACACCGUGGUGAUGAAGCGAGUCAGCAAGAAACGACAAUGACACCUGAACGUCAAUCCGCAUUCAAACAAUUCUUGACACGUCUUACACGACUUGGAUAUUUUCGCAAUGAACGACCAGGCUCACGUUUACAUAAGCAACUCACUGAGCAAGCACGUCAGCAAUUCUUGCAAUCGGUGGCUUCCAAGGAGGAUGUAGAGGCGGGUAGUUAUGUGUUCCCCAAUGUGCGACAAACCAUCGAUGAUACCCUGGACACCUUUUCUGAACAAUCUCUCAAAGACGUGUUGGAGGCACAAAAGGAUGAGGUGGAGGAUGAUGAAAGCUGGAUGAAUGUGGAUCCCAAACAACUGGAAGAGCUUCUUAUGCAACGCAUGGGUCGAAUGCAAGAACAAAUAUUCAAUGAAGAAGCUCUCGAUGGCGAGAAUGUGGAUCUUGACAAGAUGAUGGGCCAAUUUGAGCAAUUCAUUGAAGGCAGCAAGAGUGGUUUGGAGGGUGUCAACUUUCCUGGUGAGGAUGAUGAGAGUGAUCAGGAUGAUAGCGAUUAUGAUGAAGAAGAUGAAGAAGAAGGUGAUAUCUCAUUUGACGCUGAACGAUUCAUGAGCAUCCUCAAGAGUGCACUGGGUGAACCUAUGCAGGGAGCUUCAUCCGAGGAACAACAACAACCCAAGCAAGCAAAUGAAGCACCAUCAACACAAUCACCUGAGCAACCUGAUGAAAAGGAAAGAGACUUGGCAAAGAUGAUGCAAGAGAUGGAUUUGGAAGUUGGCAGUCAUGAAAAAAUUGGUGCCUCCUUUGCCAAACAUGACGACGAAGAUGAGAAUGCGCCUGUGGAUGUGUCAUUGAAUUUGGUCAAAAAUGUGCUUGAGAGCUACAAGAGCCAGCAAGGUCUUCCUGGUCCAGCAGGCAAUAUCCUUGGCCAAUUUGGCAUUGUUCUUCCAGCUGAUGAGGACGAUGAAUAG